CACAACCACUCGGGAUUGUCAGAUUUUUAAGAUGCGCGUUUGAUCGGAGCGCGACGGUAACUCGCUGCUCGUCACAUCGAGUCAUUACGGCACCACCACCCUCCCUGCCAAGCCGCUGUGAUUGUGAAGAUUUAUUUUAUUUUUUGUAGCGGAGCAACAACGAGAAGCGAGAAACCCGGGGGAGCCUCUCCUGCCUCGGCCGCGGCGACAUAACGGGACCACCACCCUGCUCCCGCUUUGAUGUUUAACCGUGAGGACGACAACAACAACAACAAGAUCCGGAGAAGAGACUGGAGCCCAUGCCAGCACAAACGUGUGUAACAAGAGCAGCAGCAGCAGCAGCAGUAUGUGGCCGGCCACUCCAUGCCGCGCGCUGUCCCGCGCCUUCCUGGCGCGCCUGUGCUUCUGGUCGCUGGCGGCGCUCUCCGCCGUCUCUGUGGCACUGGUGCUGCUGCUGUCGUACGGCGACCGCGUGGAGGAGCGCCUGCUGCUCAUGCAGCUGCCGUGGCAGACGCCCGGCUGCCGCCCGGACCGCUCGACCGGCGGCGUUUCCCCGCAGGCGCGAGCGCGGUUCCUCAGCUCCCCCGGCGAGUUGUGCCGCCCCGGGGCGGAGCCCUUCCUCCUGAUCUGCGUGGCGAGCGCGCCAGAACACCGGUCGCGGCGCGAGGCCAUCAGGGAGACGUGGGGCGGCGUGCGCAAGGUGGCGGUGGCCUCGGGUGGCGGUGGCGGUGGCCGGGCGCUGGACGUGCGCGUGGUGUUUGUGCUGGGAGUGACGCGCAGCGACCGGACGAGGGCCAGCGUGCAGAACGAGUCGGUGGAACGGCGCGACAUCGUGCAGGCGGAAUUCCUCGACACGUACCGCAACCUGACGCUGAAGACGAUGGCGACGCUGCAGUGGUUCGUGUCACGCUGCCCCAGGGUGCGCUUCCUCCUCAAAGCGGACGACGACGUCUUUGUGAAUCCGCACUCCCUGGUGGAACACCUGCACGGCGCUCACGGACCGGCGUCGCCAGCUGACGACGACUACGGUGGCGGAGGCAAAGGCGGCGGUGGUGUUGGCGGCGGCGGCGGCGAAGGAGGUCAUGACCUGUACCUGGGCCGCGUGCACUCGCGGGUGAGGCCGAACCGGGACCCGGCGAGCAAGGCGUUUGUGAGCGACGAGCGCUUUCCGGGCGACCACUACGCCCCCUACUGCAGCGGCACCGCCUACGUCCUCUCCGGCAGCGCGGCGCGCAAGGUUCUAUCCACUGCUCUGCUGCUGCCGGCGCCGCUGCUGCCGCUGGAGGACGUGUUCGUGGGUGAGUGCGCCCGGCGCGCCGGCCUGCGGCCAUCGCACACGGCGCUCUUCUCGGGCUCACUGCGCCUGCCCUUCAACCGCUGCUGCUACGGCCGCAUCUUCUCGUCGCACCGCAUGGAGCCUGCCGACCAGCGGCGAGCGUGGAGCGUGCUGCGGGGCCCGCCUUGCUCGCACGUCGAGCGACUCGCCGGCUUCGCCGUGUGCCGCGCCCUCGGGAUGAUCGCCGGCGCCUGGGCCUCGCUCGUGGGGCGGCAGUCGAACAUCACCGCGUCGGCGAGCGGAUUCGCCUGACUGCCAUCCGUCCCGACCCCCUUCUGGGCUGACGAUUUGUGUGGAGGUGGACGGGCGUGGAGUUCGGAGGGGUUCAUCACGGCCGUGU